AUGGACCUAGAUAAAUCAUUUCCCGUGAACAUCAAUCCAGAUUCCGAGAGUCAGCUUAAUCGUACCGACGACUUUGAGGCCAUGAAUCCUGGCUUUGUCCCUAGAGAGGGCAGCCCCGUGGCGUAUAGUAUGGACAUUAAUAAGACGUGCAUUUACAUGACCGGCUACGUUCGGCGGAAGGACAAUGCCAACAACGAUCUGAUACCUAUGUACAAUACUUCGGAUGACACCUGGCGGACAUCACCGCUCUUUUUCACAUAUAACAACUCAGACCAACUAUUUGAUAGCGACAUCUAUCCACUUGCAUCAUCGAAUGAUGGAGGCAAUGCUUUAUCUUCGUUUUGGACUAAGCCUUUCUACAAUGACACGACGGAAGAAGCAAUAGUCUCAAUGGGCCCUGCUGAUAGAUCAACAAGCGUCGGGUCGAUGACCGACGAACCCAAUCGACCAGAGUUACUCGGCAGUACGACACAGUAUGUGCGACUCGGGGCCAGCGGGAUGUUAAUUAUAGUCGGUGGAAAGUCUAGUUUUGACUAUAUAAACGACACUGUAAUAAGCGCCCACGAUGGAGAGUAUGUUCCAAGUACCAACACGAGCGGAUACCGAGAUAUGCGUUUGAUACAGGUACGAGAUAUGGCUACCCAGCAAUGGUUCGUCGUCACGGCCCAAGGUGACAUCCCUCCUCCACGCUACGAUAUGUGCUCGGCUAUAAGUGCUGCCCCCGACGACUCGAGCUUUCAAAUGAUAAUUCAUGGCGGUGUCUAUACGUCUAACACUCUCGACGAUGUGUAUAUCUUGACAAUGCCAGCCUUCUACUGGGUGAAAGUAAACACAACAUUUUCCUAUGACAAUGGUACGCUCCCGGCGUGGUCUUCGAACACUACAUUCGGGGGCCGAGCGGAGCAUUUCUGCAGUACCUUCAAUGAACGUCAGAUGUUUGUAAUGGGAGGGUACGACAACGCAUUGAUAAAUUUGACAUGCUCCAACAACUUACCUUUCAUGCGGGUUUUCGACGCAACGACGCUCAAUUGGGUGCCUCAGUUUGACCCAGAUGCCGCUCCCUAUCAAGUGCCAAAGGCUGUGUACGACAUCAUCGGAGGAGGCCCCGAGGGUGGCGCCCGGCCAGCAAGCGCGUGGAACCAAACCCUAGGAAACGAUUCGGACUAUUUUAAAUGGGGCACUUUCAAGCGAUACAACGUGCCGAAUAUCACACACGUGAAAGCAUCCGCAGUCAACGAAGCACCAUCACCGAAGAGUCCUACACCAUCGUCGAAAACUCCGGGCAAAAUCGUUGCUGCUAUAUCCGUUGGGUCUGUCGUCGGAGCUACUAUUAUCAGCGCAUUAGUGUUCAUUACGAUCAAAUUCUGGAGACGCAGAGCAACUGCACGAGAAGUAGGAGAGCAAAAUGAAUAUCGCAAAGCAGAAUUAGCCGGCAGAUUGGUACCACAAGUGCAAUCGAUUGAGGUUCAUGGAGAUUCCACGAUGAAAGAAUUGGAGGGGACGAAUCAUGUAGCUGAGGCUCCAGCGGUGGAUCGAAGGGUGGCGAAACGAGAGGGAGUGGAGCAGCAGGGAUAUCGCAAGGCCGAGCUUGCGGGGAUAUCGAUACGAAAAGCUGAGCCGGCUGAGAUUCAAGGGGACUUUAACAUUGAAGAGUUGGAUGGCUCGAGUUGUGUGGUCGAGGCUCCGACUGUGGAACAUUGUGCUGAAGCCCCUCCAGCAUCACGUUGA